GCAACGGUCUUGGUCGCGUAUAAUGUUCGUUUUUUAACGUCUCUUAACGUCUUUUUCCCGUGUUGUACCUCAUUCUAUAGCCGUACAAACUAUUCGUGAUUCUCGUUAUACGAAGGCGGUUAAUUGCUCAGUGAUCCCUGUGAAGACUCGCAUUUUGCAACAAUCGAGCGAUUUAAGAGCCGAAAAAGCCACUGUUUCCCGUUGUGUACCUUCAUCGUGACAGACGGCUGACGCAGCGGCAGCAGUGGCGGCGUGGUGUUCGUGCUUCUCUUGUGCUGCAAAAAUCUGCCCCUACGCUCGCUCUCACCUCUCGGAGACCCCCCUCCGAGGAAAGGAUUCAAUUCCACGGCGAAGAAACAUGGGGAGAGGGACGUCGCUGUAUUUGAUUGACGGUUUGCAAUGAAUUUUCCGCCGUUCGGAGGCCACUUUCCCGGUACUAUUCCGAGUAUCCACCAGUUCGCGACCGACAGUUCCGGCGGUGCGGGUGGACGCUACGCCAAUCAUUUUCCCAACCAGCCUCCAAUUGGAGUGCCGGUUAUGGGAAAGUACCGUCCUGAAAGCAACGGCGUGCAAUCUGCUCAGUCACAAGUAAUGAUGAACAAUAAAGCGAGCUACCCCAACAGCAAUGUUCAUCAUUACCCUAACGUGCCAUAUUCUCAAGCUCAACCAGUUCAACAGCGGCCUGCAAAUUCGCCUGGAAUGCAAGAAAAGCGUUCGUAUCAUCAGCAAGCAACCGAAACCAUAAAUCAACAAGAUGUUUGCAAUCUCCUACAGGAUAAAGAUAAAAGUAAGGACAAGAAGGCUGACGAACAACAGCGUAACGGAGAAAGCGCAACAAAUGGUCAACAAGAUUAUACCAUGCAUCAACACCAUCAGCAGCAUGCUCAUACUCAAACACCUGCAACCAUGCCUGCUACAUGGCAGUCUUUGGCUGCUCCUGGAUCCACAGUAGCAGAUUACCUCAGUCACUUACCAGCUAGUACUUUACCGCUAAGUUUGCAUCAUUUCUUAAAAUAUUCAGCAGAAAGUAUAAAAAAAGAGUCAGAAAUGGCACAAACAACUUCAGUAGCUGUAGCAACUACAACAACGCCUAAUAUAAUGAUGUCUCCGAAUAACAAAAAGAAGAAAAAGAAGAAGCCUCCAAAGGAGAAGAAACCACGUCCAAAACCCGGUGAAAUCCGUUUAACCACAGCAUUAGAUGGUUCUACAUUGUAUUGUUGUCCAGAGUGCCACAUGGCAUACCCUGAACGUGAAUUAUUGGAGCAACACUUACUAGGACAUACCUUAGAACGUAGAUUUGUUUGCGAUAUAUGUGGUGCAGGUUUAAAAAGAAAAGAUCAUCUGACACGUCACAAGCAGAGUCAUAAUCCGGAACGGCCAUAUGUUUGUACUGUUUGCCUGAAAGCCUUCAAAAGAAAAGAACAGUUAACGCUACAUUUUGUUAUACAUUCCGGUGAGAAACGACAUGUAUGCACAGAGUGUGGAAAGGGGUUCUAUCGUAAAGAUCAUUUAAGAAAACAUACCAGAAGUCACAUUGCAAGGAGAGUAAAAGCUGAACUCAGUCAGAAUGCUGGUACACAGCAGAAUCAGCAACAAAAUAAUGUCUCGAAUAUGCAGACCACAGCUGUUACAGCAUCGUCUGUUCUAUCUGGUGGACAUCCAGGUCCUCUCCUGUCCUGAGCCCCGCCACCAGGGAACUUUCAAGUUCCCCAUCCAAACAAUAUUCUUCAUACGCAUACUUCUCAUCAUUCGCUGCAUCAUCAUCAUUUGACAGCUGUCAAUGUGGCACAUCAAUCAAGUGUCACGCCACUCGCUACGUCCAGUCAUUAUCAAACGCACGAGCUCAGUUUUUUGGGUCACGUUAAAGAUUUCUGAGAUCAGGGGAAGACCUCGGUCAAGAG